GCUUAAUGAACGGACCUGAAUUGGAAUGUUUAUUAUGUGAAGUGCCUUGAGACGACUCUUGUCGUGAUGUGGCGCUAUAUAAAUAAAAUUGAAUUGAAUUGACAUUGAAAAAGUCUAGACCGUGAUAAUCCUGUAGAUUUGCUGGUCCAUAAAAGUUCACACCUGACAUUAAUUCCAGGAUCAGUUUGUAAUCCACCCACCAAAAAGCCCCCUCUGAUUCCUCCCCACAUAUCUGGCUGUAACUGGUCUCGAGUGACAUGUCAGAGUAAUCCCAAAACUAUUGUACAAUUAACUGCGGAUUAUGGACCCUAAAUCUUUUCAGUAACACUUUUUUCUGACUAUCCCAGUUAUGGGAAAAAAGUAUACAUGUUCCAUAACUAUUUUCACUUCAACCUGUUUGAAUUCAUGAUGGGUGGAGAAAAAAACAAAGAGUUCAGAUGAAGGUAGCUGGACUUCAUUGGUUUCUUUUAAUUUUUUUUCCGUAGAGCUUUGUCAAUUCUGACUGGCUGGGAGGGUCAAGCUUAUGAACUGUAGCUGUUAGUUGGUUCUUAACUAGCAGAAACUGCGCAUGAAUACCUCUCCUCUCUACCCCCUGAUGAAUCGUUGAUGUCAUUAAGACCGAUUGUGGUAGAAUGGUUGUUUUGAUUAGAUGCAGAAGGAUGUGACCUAGACUGGACUGUUUUGGAAUAAAGUUUAGAGCUGCAUUGUAGGUUAGGGUUAGGGCAUUGUAGGUGCUGGAAAGGUGAAACCCGAGGCCGCCUCCUUUGUUUAAUGUAGGUUUUUUUUUUUUCCAUUUAUUGAGCUGAAUCAGGAUAAUAAGUCCCAGAUUGUGGCACACAUGGCAAACUCUGACCAAGUAUUCAUUCGAGUCUGACCGCAGGACUGAACUGACAUGGACGGCUUUCGUUACUCCUCUCUCAAACCAUCUUCUCUGUCCAGAAUGUGCACUUUAAGUGGACUACAGAGUAUUGACGAGAUGUGUCUCUCCUGUAUUGUGCCAUUGGCUUGUGUGGUUGUUUAGGUUCUCCUAAAGUUCUGAACAUUCCUCACUGGGCUGCAUAGACAAUGCCACUAAGCUUCUGUUGGGGUGUCUUCUCUUGGAUGAACCACUUUCUGUCAGAGGGUGUUGCUGUUUUUAAAGUUUGGCAGCAGUCUCAAAGAUCUGAAAAGUAUUUUUUCCUAAACACAACAUCCCGGUAAACUUUAAACCUAACAAUACCCUAUGUACUACUUUCCCAUAUUCCAGUCAGAACUGACAAAGCUCCUUGGAUGAGAAGCGAAAUGUCUUCAAGAAAACAAAGAAGUCACCUUCAUUCGAACCCUUUGGAUUACCAUGAACUGAAUGAUGGAGAACCAUCACCAACAUUUCACCCUUCAUCAUGGUAUCACCUUUAGUCUUUGUUUUUUAUAAUUUAUACUAAGUUCUUUAUUUACAACCUUUCCCUUUUUACAGUAGUUCCACUGUGGGUCUGACAUGAUUUUUAUCUGAGUGACAGGAAUGGGCUUCCAUAUAUAUAGUAAACACAUCUUUAGUCAGUAUUAAAUGCAUAUGAUUUAAUGAAAAAUAAAUAAAACUGACCCCAAAGAUGGACCCCCCUCUUGGUGGUGGUGUUUCCAUCCAUCAGCCGGUUCAGACUGGACUGAUGAUGGCGAUAUUAACAAUGUUUCUAGAGUAACUCAGUCACCACGACCAGCACCACCGUUAGAAACACUAAUUUAACUUUUAGGUCAGAUUAAGGAUAUUUAAUAAAUUGUGACAGCUAUUUAAAGUUUACAUGAUAAACUUAUACUCGUUUUUCCUUUUCCAGGUAAAAAGAUACGUGUGUGCGUUUUUUUACUGUGCACGUGACGUCAUCUUUAAUAUGUGGAUUAUUUUAAAAGAUUCCGAUGUUUAGAUAAAAGUAGACACAAACUAACGCAGACGCAUCUCUAACGGAGAUAUGCUGCUGUUUGUGCUGCGCUCCUGACGCGCAGGAGGAAGCCGCGCUUCCUCCGCCGCUGGACCAGCAAGAACAGCUUUGAACCGGUUUUCUCACCGGUUGCAAAGCUGUAACAAACCAAAUGCACAAUGAACCCAGUGGAUGCAGAGCGUCUCCUUCACAUACGGGCCUGGUAGAUCCCACCGCCAGACACACGUCCGUGCGCGAUGCCUUGUCGUUGGUCUCGAUUUUAAGAUUUUAAAUGUCUGCUGGGUUUUUGGUCCAUGAAAAGUUCCCGCAGAGCGCGCAGCUCCGCAGGCUGUUGUUGUAAAUGCUGAGGAGAUCCUCCUCGGUCAAAGUUGUAACACAUCCAAGUUGGCACGAAUAACAACGCCAGUACCAUGUCUUUGUCCACUAAAAUGCUGGAUGGAGGCUGGGGAUGGGCGAUUGUUGCAGCAUCCUUUAUGGCCCAGCUCCUGUCUUAUGGAUCACCGCAGUCCGUGGGUGUCCUGUACCCUGAGUGGCUGCACACCUACCAAGAGAGCAAAGGCAUGACGGCCUGGGUGGGCUCUCUGGUGGCUGGAGUGGGACUAAUAGCCAGUCCCGUCUGCAGCAUCUGCGUGGACAACUUUGGAGCUCGUCCCGUGACCAUCUUUAGCGGCUUAAUGGUGGCAGGCGGCCUGAUGCUCAGUGCCUUUGCUCCAAACGUCCAAUUCCUUAUCUUUUCAUAUGGGAUUGUUGUUGGUCUUGGUUGUGGUCUUGUCUACGCAGCAACUUUGACAAUCACCUGUCAGUAUUUUGACAAGAGACGCGGCCUCGCCCUCGGCAUUGUCACCACAGGCACCAGCGUUGGCGCCUUCAUUUACGCCACCGCUCAGAAUGAGCUGAUUGUGCUGUUUGGACUCGAUGGCUGCUUGCUCAUCACUGGGGCUAUCGCACUUAACCUCAUGGCCUGUGCCGGUUUCAUGAGGCCCCUUCACAUGCCGGGGUACUACCUCAAACAGAAGGCUGCCCUGGAACGUAAUGCAGAAGACCAGUUUUUUAUGAGGCCACCUUUGGAUGACCUCAAGAUCACAACGGGCUCUACUACUCCAGAGACUUCUCUCACAUGCAAGGAGUUGCUCAUCACCAUCGAUAACAAGGACUUGUCCAUUCAGACAAAGAACAAAACUGGUCCCCUGGCUGGGUUAGCCAUCAUGAAAGCAAUCAAAAAGAAGCAGAAGGCCUACUCCAAGUACAUGAAUUUGAUAUUUGAGAUCUUGCAAGACCAAACCAUGGUGGCCUUCUGCAUCGCCAUUUUUAUGUUCAGCCUGGGUGCGUUCCCACCGUUCCUCUUCAUUGAGGAUGUGGCGCAGAGUGAAGGACUCAUUGAAGAAGUCAGCAUCAUUCCUCUUGUAUCAAUAGGUGCUAUCGCCACUUGCAUAGGCAAACUAGCGCUGGGUAUCCUGGUGGACAUCAAGUGGAUCAACAGUAUCUACCUGUACACCUCCACCAUGUUUGUAGGAGGUGCAAUACUACUGCUAAUACCUCUCACCACAAGUUAUGUUGGACUUCAGAUUCUAACUGCCAUCCUUGGUCUCUGCUCUGGAAAUUGGUCCCUCACCUCUUACAUCACCACUCAGAUUGUUGGCUUGCAUAGACUGACACAAGCCCAUGGCAUCCUUAUGUUCUUUGGAGGAUUUGGGAUCAUGCUUGGACCACCAGUUGUAGGAUGGUUCUUCGACUGGACACAGUCCUAUGACUUGGCGUUUUACUUUAGUGGGACGUGUGUGCUGUUGGGAGCAUUCAUCCUCACUUUUCUCAGCCUUCCCUGCUGGCAGGAGAAGAAAUCUGAGAAUGAAAAACUAGACGUCCAGUACACCAGCGACUGUGAAAAAGUUGCCUCAGUAGCCUGAAUUUGAGCACCUUUUACAGCAGCUCAGAUUUCUCAUCUGCCACUCACCAACUGUCUAUAAACUAUGCCUUUACAACCACCUGGAGGAUCUCUCUUUUUCUGACAAUGUGGGGGUAUUUUCUUUAUUCCUACUGCCAUAUUUUGUAAAUACAGGCCUUUCCCUCCAUUCUUCGCCUGCAAUUCUCAGGUUCAGCCUAUCUACUCUGAUUUGGAGGUUUGAUAUUGAUGCCUGUGUUCACUUUAUUCUCAUUAAUAUUACCUCCUUUAUAAUGAGGUUAGCUGAACAAUUUUGUUAUACCCCAAAGACUGUUUGUUCUGGAAAACAAGAUGUACUACUCGUUUCAGUGAGAAUAUCCUCAAAUCUGUCAAAUGACAAGAUUAAACAGUAACAGCAUUUGAAAUUUGCACAUAAAAUCACUUAUUCUACUGCAAUAGAUUUCAAUUUUCAUUUGAUUAAAUGAAAAAUGAAUCUUUUUAUGUUUAACUUUGUUGUUUAAAAACAAUCUUGCCACUAAGUAUGUUACCAAAGCAUCCAUAGAAGUGAAUGCCUGUUAUCACAUAAUGCCUGUUGUAUCAAUAUGAAAGCCUUGGUUUCUUUGUUUUUUGUUGUAUUUAAUUUUUCUUUUUUUCUUUUUUUUUUUUUACAGUAAGUGCAACAAAUCAAUAUUUUGUUUUUUACCAACAGCUUGAGUUCCACGUUAUUUGUUAACGAGACGUGUGUACAUUAUUCACACACCGGGAGCUUACUGUAUUUACACAUGCAGCUCGUUGAUUAUCAUCACCUGGCUGAUGUGAAUUUUCUCUCUUUCUGAAUGGUUCUUUUGUAUUAUGUUGUGUGUAUUUGUAUGUGUUUUGUGUAUGUGUGCACAUGCAUAUCCACAAGUGUGCACAUGUUUGUAUGUAUCGAUUGUUUUAUAAACUUCUAUAUUAGUUGUGUAGUUUAUUAGUUUGUAAAGGCAUAUGUGCUCGUGCCUUUUAUGUGCACGAAAUUUGCCAUAAAACUGUUAAAAAUCGUCUUUGGGUUGAUAAUUGUGAACAUCUUUGUAACAUGGCAACAGGUGUUUAGUCCUGUGAAUGGUUUGUAGAACCCUGCAGCUCUUUUUGGUAGUGUCAGGUGUGAAAGUCAAAUCUGGAACAAUAGUGGAUACGUUUUAAUGCUCAGAGUGGCAUUUUCAGGAUGCAGAUGUUGUGCUGUAGAAAUGAAACUACUUGUUAGCUAUUCUUUGUUUUUUAUUUCACUAUUGUAAUAUUUAUGUUUUUCCAAUUUAUUUAAAUUGUGACAAUAAAGACGUUUGUAAUAAUA